AGGAAUUUUGUUAAAAGUUUCCUAAUAUUUGGAGUAAUGUGAAACUACAAAAAUGGAUACAUUGUGAAGCAAUGGCGUAUAAGAGUAGAGAGGAAAUAGUUGGGAAAAGAUUUCUCUCUGUGCGGUGUUCUGGGAAGUUAAAACUUAGCAAAAUUGUCGAAUGGGAAUGGCGGAGUGGAGUUGUACGAGCAGUUACUGGUAAAGAUACCAGUAACCCCGAUGUCUCGGUUCUGGUCGAGUUUGACGACAGACAUUGGCAGCGUCGAGAGUGGGUUCGCGUUCACGAAAUUUUCCAGCUAUUUCUUGUGGAGCACACCAUUGUCUGGGCUGAGAGAGCCGACCCCGAGAAUUCUGAACAGCCAAUCAGCUGGCCAGGUUUGAACUUCCGAACCAUUGUAGACAAGGCUUGUCUCAACAGCAGCAAGAAGAAGCCUAUCGAGUUCCUAGCUGAUAAGUUCUUGGGCUUGGUAGAUGACAAGAGCUUAAAGUCACAUUCGGAUGGUGAUGAUAAUAAGGCCCAGACACUACGCCGCUUCCCUGAGACUGGCCUAGCCAUAAAGGCGUGGCAGGACUACCAGGACGGUCAGAAGAUCUUGCUGACCACGCCCUCGGUUCUGGUGGGGUACCGUGUGGAGGUGUAUCGGGCGGAGGGAACCACCCAGUGGUAUACUGCUGUUAUACAGUCCUAUAAUCAUACUUCCAAGACUCUAUCCGUCACAGAUGACACCGUACUAGAGGAACACAAUGAAGAUCCAGCCCUCAUACAGAUGCGAUUAAUUGAUGAUGGAGUGGUAGAUUCUAUACUACGUGGAGUGGAAGUGGGCAUUGGACCAAGACGCACAAGACAGACUAAUAAGGAUAAAGAUCUCCAGUCCACAUCGAAUACAUUUCCACGGAGUACACCAAAACCUUCCGAACAGUCAGCCAAUUCUACUCCAAAGGCUCCCUCUCGGACGAGUAAAACUCGACUUCUUACACCACAAAAUACUUCACAAAGCCAGCAAGGAAUUACCACUGGAAAUACCACUCCCACACCAGAUUCUGAAAAAGAUAAAACCAAUGUUCGUACAAAACCAACACGGGAACGCAAACGCAGAACUGAUGAUCAAAGUGACUGGAGUCCUUCAGCCCCAGUACAGACAACUCCUACAGGAAAACGUUCAAAACCAAAGGAUAUCAGCAAACAAGGUUUAUCUUUAGAGGAGAAAAAGGAGAAAACUUUAAGUCCUGUGAAAAGGGCAAGGUCAUCCGAUAGUCGGAAAAGUGCUGGAAAUCAGGAUAGGACUCCUCCAGUGUCUCCAACUGUUACUAAACGGCCAAAGUCUUUUGACAGGAAGCCAACAGUACAGUUAAAAAAGUGUGAUAUCAAUUUAUCUCCAGACAAAUGUUCUUCAGUGGUCUCAAAGAAAAGACAGACAGAAAUUACUAAAAAAUUACGAAAUCGAAGUGAACCACGGACUACUCCAAGAUCAAUUAAUUCCAAAGAGCGACGACAAAUAUCACCGUCUCCUAUAAAAACUGAAUCUUCUAGGAAAGUAAGUGAAAGAGAAUCGCGUAGAUCCAAAGUUUCAGGGAAACAAACUUCACCGGCAGCUGUUGCUAGGAGGAAGAAUGUGGAAGAGCAACAUUGUGAUGUUAAGAAGGCUAGUGACAAGGUAGAAGCUUCUAAAUGUGAUUCAGAAACCUCUGUGGUAAAGAGCACAACAGACUCUGAUUCAUCACAGGUAACAGAGGAAACCGUUAAUAAAGAUGAUGAUACAAAAACUAAAUCUACGAGUGAAAAGGAUGUAUUAACAUGCUGUGCUGUGUCAGAUAGUGUGGUAUUGUGCGAUACACUGCUGACGAGGGAAUGUGCAGGUAGUGAAAGUGAAGCUGUCGCUUACGACAGUUCGCACCUUAACGUGGAAACACUGUCAACAGACACAGACGAUAAUAUGCACUUUAUGAAACGGAGGUUGUUAGCAGGUAACAAUUCUUCUGAAAGUAGUAGUAAUCCACCUUCCAAUUCUCUGGCUGGCAUUGAUGUCAACCGAUCACUAACCGACCAAAUUACGAAACUAGCCAGGACAGAAAAGCUAGCUCUCCAUGGGGAAGACACUGGCAGCUCAAUCAACCAAACUAAAUCUGUGUCCCCUCAUAGCGAGUCUUCAGAUAUUGUGGUACCAUCAAAGGACAUAAGGUCAGAUAGUGUUCCCAUCAAGGAUUUAUCCAACUACGGAAAUUCCAAUCAGACACCCAAUGAUCGGUCCAGUUCCCGGACAAGUGAACAUUCUAGCUAUUCUGGUUAUGGUGAUGAUCGACGACCGUCCUCACGGCUCGACGAUCUAAGAACAACAUCCAGUAAAAACAGUCCAGCAUCUAGUCCUCUCAUCAUCGAUAGAACAGAGCCUGUUCUACCCUACAGGGACCCCGAAUUAAUGAGGAAAAAUCCAGUUCAGAGCAAUGUGCAAAGCAUGUUGGGACCCCCUCACAAGUCUUCAACAUACCCUGGUGUACAUAACCCCAUCCCUUCAGCUCCCCCCUCAGGGAGUCUGCCCACCACGACAUCAUUCCCCACCCAUCCCCUCCCGCGCACACAUGUGCUCCCUUCCAUGUCAUACCAUCCCAUGGGGGCGGCGGCGGCGGCUCAGCUUGGCUUGUCACCGGGGCUUGGACAACUUGACCAUGCCACCUUAGCGGCCAUUCAGCAGCAGCAGCUUGCCUUGCAAUAUUCCAACUCGCUGUUGAUUCAGAGGUCGGCUGGAUACCCUCCUCCAGCCAACCUGACCAUGGCCCAGUUGGAACUCCUCUGGCAGCAGAAGUACCCCUCAGUGCCCGUUCCACCUCAGUGGAUGCUGGCCAGCAAACAGGAGGACCUUCUUCGUGACAUCUUUAGCAUGAAGGAAAGGGAGUUGGAACGAUACGAACGUGAUCGUAUUGAACGUGAACGUUUAGAGAGGGAACGUAUGGACCGACUGGAAAGAGAAAAAAUUGAGAGAGACCGUCAGAUAGAAAGGGAACGACAGGAAAGGGAGCGAAUUGAAAGGGAGCGUAUUGAAAGAGAGAAAAUGGAAAGAGAAAGAGCUGAACGUGAGCGAGCUGAACGAGAACGCAUGGAGAAGGAGCACCUGGAACGUGAACGAGAGCGUGAGCUAGAACGAAAACGCAGGGAACACGAGCACGAACAGCGGCAGGAGAGGGAAAGAAUUCUGAAAGAAUCUGCCGAUACCUUAGCUGCUGUGGAUGACCAUUUCCAGCAAUCCCUAAGGCUGGCUAAACAAAGGGCACAGCAGUCCGGCAUGAUCUGGGCCCCUCCCUCUAUCACCCUUGGCACAGGCAAGAGUGGCCCUCCCAAGUCAGAACAGCAGUCCCCUUCCUCUUACCACUAUAGUCACAGCGAGAAGCUUGAUAAACAGGACAUCAUCAAGAGCAUGGAAGAGAAAGUCAAACAGGACCGUGAAAGAGAGGAGAUGCGUCACCUUUCAUAUAACACAGAGAUGCUUCGACGACAUGAGAUCAUGAGGCAGCAAGAACUCUAUGUAGCUGCUGCUAAGCAAGAAGAGUUCUUGAAGGAGCGCCAGAAGGCUCUCGCUGCAGAACAUAAGUCAGAACAGAAAGUGGAGAAGGUCAGUUCAAGCCGUUCCAGUGAUAGUAAACCACACAAUUACCAACAGGCACAGGGGUUCAAAGGUUUUCCCGUCUCAUCGUCUGGCUCAGGGUCAGGAGUGAAACAGGAACCUAACUUCAGUUUGUAUGGCUAUCAACCAUUCCAGCACACCUAUAUCUCACCAGAACAGCUUCAUCUGCAUGGAUUAGCAGCUGCAGAGAAACAAAGUGAAGAGAAAAUGAAUAUAGACUCUAAAUCUGGGUCCACAUGCUCAACGUCACCCAAGCGACCCAAAACUGGUGUACCUCCGCCAUUGAUAAAGGACAUCAAAUCUCAUAGCUCUGUGAUAGUGGAAAACAAGGGUAAAGACAGUGGCAAGUCUGCCAGCCCACGCCCUGCCCAUUCACACUACAGUAGUACUAUUCCCAUGCCCCCUUCCACCUCCCCACGACCCCAACCCAAGCCAGCCCACACCCCAGACCGUCACCAUCACGACCGGCCCCGCUCGGCCCUAGCCAGCAGUAGUCCCUCAACAGGUUCUUAUCAUCACGACAUCUCUGGGUCCAUGGACUUGUCCUCAUCAGGAUCUCAUGUAUCACUCAGCUCCCUUAAAGGAGAAAAUAAACAUAUCCCAUCCAACAGCCCUCUCAGCCAGGGCUUGACUCACCAGCAGCUUGCAUCCGCCAUGCUAGGUCAGCCCGUGGAUUAUCAUCGGGGUAAAUCAGUGUCCUCUUCAUCCUCCAGUGGGUCUUCAGCAUCCAGUACUAACAGUCACUAUAUGUCCGCAGCCAUAGCCCAGCCUCCUGUGUCCCUACCGGGGCGGUCGCUGGCCUACAGUUAUAGUCUCAUUCAGCAAGGACUUGUGCCCAACCCAAUCUACUCACAAAGCACCGUCAAGUCAAUGCCAUCAACUCAUAAUGACCAGCAGAAAGGUAACUCCUCUGCAAACAUUCCAACACCCACCUCCCAGUCCAGCAGUUCAGCUGGGCAACAGGGAGUUAAGCGCAAGGUCAUCAAGGACGGACCACAACGCAAGAGACAGAAGGCAGAAAAUGUUGCCAAUUCAGCACUGAAUGUGCCAGUGACAACUCCGCAGAUAUUGACCAAUCACUCUCCUUAUACAACUACAAGUAGUACAACAUGUACAACUGUGUCUAGUGCUCUCUCCAAUGUCACCAUGACAACCAAAUCAGCAAUGAACACAAUUUCAUCUCCAUCCUCGUCAUUUUCGUCAUCAACUUUAUCUACAUCAUCGUUUAUGUCCUCCCCAUCUUCGUUAGCAACAGGUUCUCAAACUGCUUCAGGAUUUAUGGAUAGUUUUAAGUCAUUUGUGGAAAAUGCUGUUCAGAAUGCAUUUCUUCAAGACCAGGACUUGAACAAAUCAAGCAAGUCAAAUAACAGUGGUAGCAGUAAUAGUAGUAAACAGCUACAUCCAACAUCAACCACAGAGACCAAACCACAACAACAACAACAACAACAGCAACAAUCAUGGCAUCCAAUUGGGAAAAGUCCCCCACCUCCUCCAGCUCAAAUGGGACAGACCCCGCCCCCUCAACCAGUGGUGCACAACUCUCCCCAACCCCAGGCCCAACCCCAAUCCCAGCCCCAGCCCCAGGCUCAGCCUCAACCCCAACCCCAACCCCAGCCUCAGCCCCAGUCUCAGCCCAAAUCCCAAAACCAACGUAGGAAAAGUGAUCCUCUACAACUCAGUGCUGGUCUUGAUGACUCCAACUCUCAGACACUGAGCAGCAGCAGCAGCAGUAGUAUCAGCAGCCACACUGCUCUGAUGGAGACCAUCAAUCGUGUGGCCAAUGGUCAGAUAGACACCGACAGUGACACACUCAGUGCCCCUAGUCCCCCGCCCCACGUCAAAUCAGACAAUACGUCCCCUCACAAGUCCGGCAACGCGCCCAAACUGAAAAAGGCGUGGUUGCAACGCCACUCCGACGAGGACAAGGAGUUAAAAAACUCACCAGUUCCUCAUGGAGAUAGUCGUGAGCAAAAGGCAGAAAUUGUGCGGAAUUGUUAUGUGAAUUGUUCUUACAUCUCGCCGAGUAAAGAAGGAGGUAGCCGUUCCCCAAUCAGUGCUCUUAGAAUCAAUGGUAACCUCAAGGAUCACUCUAUCAGUAACGACGAGUCCACUACGUCUGCAUCAGAAACAGAAUCUGCUCAGAACCCAGAAGUUCCAGGAAAAAAGCGUCAGAAAAAGCGAAGCAACACUAGUAAAAAGCAGCGACAAGAACAGCAACCGAGCGACGCUACAGCAGACAGCGUCCCUAACCCAAACCCUACCCCAAACACCAACCCCGCCCCAGUCGGCAAAAAGAAGGGCAAGAAAAACAAGGAUAACAGCAAGAGUAAAGAGUCGAGUGAGGAUGAGCGUAGCAAUGGGGGCGCUGUAAAGAAGCCAAAACUGGAGCCCAAAUUGGAAGUCAAGACAGAGAUUAAGUCAGAGCCCAAGUUUGAGGCAGAAGUGAACAAUGGCAGCAGCAGUAUCCCUAACAGUCCUCCCGUCCCCACCCAACCUAUCAAAAAAGAGAAAAAGGAAGCUAAACAUGCUUCCUAUAUCUCCCAGGAAUCUUCCAGUCAGCAAGGCGAGUCUUCCAACGAUGGACCCAAGCCUAUGGACACUUCCAAGCCUAUGGAGGCACCGCUGUCAUCCUCUCUCUCUUCUUCAUCUAGCAGUCUCAGCAGUAUCAGCAGCAAGGAGAAGAAGAAGCACAAAAAGGAAAAACAGCGGGAAAAGGAACGGGAAAAGGAAAGAGAACGGGAAAGGGGAAGAGAACGGGAAAUUGAAAAAGACCGCGAACGGGAUAAAGACAGGGAAAGAGAUAGAAGCAGGGAUAGAGAAAGGGAAAAGGAGAAAGAGAGGGAAAGGGAAAGAAAAGAACAGGAAGCAGUAGAUAUCGAAUUGAAGGAAAGAGAGCGUGAGUGGGAAAGAGAAAAGAAUAGGGGACAUAACAGCAUCAUUCCUCCUAAAGAAGUGGAAUUCAUUGCCAAGAACAACGGUUCCUCAUUCAAUAAGCCCUUGGUGAAGGCGACAGUAGCAACCCUAAAAAGGACAUGUCAGCCUUUUCUGCAAGAUGGCUCAUGUAGUGAGGUCACCCCAAAACUCAUGAAGUGUCGGGAAUGUAAGAUGACGCCCACCCAGCGCAGCAAGAAACUUCCCAACAUAUUCUGCAGGUUCUAUGCCUUCAGGAGGUUGAGAUAUAGUCAGAAAGGUUUCCUGACCAUCGCUGGGUUUUCGGAACUGUCCGAUGCCGAGUAUGAUGACAUUGAACCAUGGCUUCCUCACACACCCGUCAUGGAACCGAAGAUGGACAUUGAAACAUCCAAGUAUGUUGUGGCCAAAAUCGGAGAUCGGUUCUGUGAACUGGUGGAGCAGGAGAGGGAGGCACGCUCAUGGGCUGGCGAGGAAGCCAAGAUUGCGUGGAAGCGUGCAGUAACAGGUGUGAGAGAAAUGUGCGAUGUUUGUGACACAACUCUCUUCAACAUGCAUUGGGUGUGUCAUAAGUGUGGCUUUGUCGUUUGCCUCGACUGCUACAAGGUCCGAAUGAAAGCCCUGAAGCGCGAGGAAGACGAGGAGGAGAAAGAAGAGAUGGAAGGAGAUGACGAGGACGAGAUUCCACCUGGUGAGGACCAGAGGAGAUGGCUAACCUGCAGCUCCAAUCGCCAACAGCAUGAGGUCGACAAACUCAUGCUCACUCAAAUCAUUCCACGUGAUGCCCUUUGGGAAGUUGGCCGAUUAAUCCACGAAAUUCGUAACAAGUGGGAUAUUCCAUCCAAGUGCGCUUGUGAUAAGUCAAUAAAAUACCCGCCAAAAAAUGGAAUAACACAGAAGUAUCUCAAUGCAUUAAACCACAUAUCCAAUGAGAAGAACAGAAAGAUGGUCAACGGCGUCGGUGAUGACCACAAGUCUCACAAAGGCAACAGGAAGCAUGAUUCUCAGGCGGUCAAUGGCAACGUAAAGUCAUCGCUGGGUGGUUAUAGUCCUGACAGUUCAUCACCGCUCAGAAUGUUGGCCGAUGUUGCUUCUAUGGACUCUGAAAACAGUAGAGAGCGAAGUGAGUCUCCGUAUAACAAACGCCGUGGAGAGACUGAUAAAUAUGGGAAAGGGUACAACCCAAUCACAGAGCCCGUGUCUCCAUGUGGUCAGGGCAAUGUCGGUGAAAGUGAAGGUGACAAGAAAGCCCCGACCAGUUGCUCAACAUUACGGGAAUUACUUACAAAAACGGCCGGCAAAGUGAAAUCUGGUGGCGAAAGUAACAAAAAGCCGGCCAAGUCAAAGAACAACACAAGUAGUACGCUAGACGAUAUUAUUCAGUCAGUUGUUGAAAAGCAGUUACCUAGAGACGAGAAUAGUCAGCCAAUCAAAUUAAUGCAUUACAUCCCUCGCUCUGGAUAUAGUGGAAUGAUUGCAUGUGAUACGCCUAUAUUGGUCCAUAACCUGACGGAGACCAGCGUGUUAUACCCGGAUGUACCUCACUCCUGGCUGUGUGAUGGACGUCUUCUCCGUCUCCACGACCCAAAACACCGCGGAAACUUCAAGAUCUUCCAGGAACAGAUGAAACGUGGACAGCCUGUCCUGGUGUCUGGUGUGGACAACUGCUUGAACAGAGACCUAUGGAGUCCAAAAACCUUCUCCCGGGACUUUGGUAAACACAAGAACGAUCUCAUCAAUACCAGAAAUGGCUGUCUCAUUGUUGGUCACCCAAUGGCCACAUUCUGGGACGGAUUUGACAAAAUCUCAGAGCGUCUGGUUGAUGACGAGGGAGAUCCGAUCCUGCUGAAGCUGAAGGACUGGCCACCAGGUGACGACUUCAGUGACCUCAUGCCCCAGCACUUUGAGGAUCUGAUGCAGGCCCUGCCCCUACCAGAGUACACACAUAGACAGGGACGCCUCAACCUCGCUUCCAGACUUCCCGACUUCCUCGUCAGGCCCGACCUGGGUCCGAAGAUGUACAAUGCUUAUGGAUCUGCACUUCACCCUGAAGAAGGCACCACGAACCUACAUUUGGACGUAUCGGACGCUGUCAACGUUAUGGUGUAUGUCGGAAUCCCUGAUGACGAUGCAGGAGGUCGUGCCUUUUAUGAAAACGCUGCCCUCCAAUCCAUCGACGAGGCUGGUUGUGACAUGAUCACCAAGCGUCGUGUCCGAGAAGUCCAUGAAGUGCCGGGUGCUUUGUGGCAGAUCUGGGAUGCAAGAGAUGCUGACAAAAUGAGGGAUUUCCUCAACAAGGUUGCUAAAGAGCGUGGUGAGGUCAUCGAGCAGCACCAUGACCCUAUUCACGACCAGAGUUGGUACCUUGACGAGGAUCUCCGCGAUCGACUCUACAAGGAGUACGGUGUGUUGGGAUAUACCAUCGUCCAAUGUGCAGGAGACGCCAUCUUCAUCCCAGCUGGCGCUCCCCACCAGGUGCGCAACCUUCAUAGCUGUAUUAAGGUGGCCGAGGACUUUGUGUCACCUGAACACCUCAACCACUGCUUUUCAUUGACACAGGAGUUCCGUCUGCUGUCAGAUACACAUUCCAACCAUGAGGAUAAACUCCAGGUGAAGAACAUUGUUUAUCAUGCUGUUAAGGAUGCCAUUGCUGUCCUGAACGAGGCAGACCGGGACAACGAGUAAACAACAGCUGCAUGUAGACCACGUACUUUAUAUCAACAAGUUGUCAGCAUAUCAAAACCAAUAUCAUGGACAGAGAAACUUGGAAGAUUUCAGAUAAAAAAUCUGUAUUUAUUCCUUCAAAAGUGAAAAACUUUUACCAUAGAACGAGAAGAAUUGGACAAUAUGGGCGAAAGCCCAGAUAUUUAAUACAUAAUAACAGGUCAUGAAGGAAACACUGAGGAGAGCAACAUGGUCAGAUUGCUUUCAGUUGAGAGUGUUUAACCUGGAUUUAUAUGACCUUGACCUUUAAACCACUGCCAAAGACAUUAUGACCACAAGAGUGCUACAGGAGUGCCGGCUAGGUGAUAUAUAUAACACUAGGGAGAGGGAAGUGAUGAGAACAGGGCCGUGUGGAUACAUUACCUUGGAGGAACUCUGUGAGGAGAGUUCUUCCUUGGACACAAAAGGCCAUGUGAGGAAAUACUAGGGCCAAGGAUGUACGAGGGCUUUAGUAAGGCUCAGUGAGGUUGUGUUGGCCAUGGAUGUGCUUCGCACCGGACUUCAUUGAGGAAGUGUGAGGCCGUUUAUACGAGGCCCUGCUCGGUGAGGAUGUGUGGGGGCCGUCCCUUUGAGGGGAGGGUUUGGCCCCCAUGGAUAUGACCUAUUUAUCUGUCCCGACAGAAAAACAGAGCAAUACAUUUGAUACUACUUAGUGUAGACUCUCAGAGCUUCUUUACCCAUAAAUGUGAUUCUCCAGUUUCCUGGAAGGAGGAAUUAUUACACAUUCUGAACAGUGCCAACCGGAUAGAUACCAUUGCUAUGUUGUGAUGUUGGAAAUGUGUUUGUCUUUCUUUUAUCUUAUAUAAAGUCCUUGUCGUUACAAACAUGUGUGGCGCGUGGAUGUAGGAAGUGAAACAAGGAAUUCAGUGACAUCCCGACUGGGCAGCUGUGUCUCGGGAGGACGAUACAGCUGCUGAAGUGAUCUUUGUUUCGCUCCUUACCCACGUUUUGCCAGUGGUAUUAUUAUGUGUGCUGGGAGUAGGCACAACUUGGUUGCCAAGCUUGUGGGGAUAUGUUAUGUAAUGGGAAACCAGAACAAACGGAAUACAUCUUCGCAGGUUUGAUUGCCUUAGAUCUCAUUUAACUUUCAGGGAUAAAAUAGAAUAUAUAUUAUAAAUAUUAUUACAUGAAGUACAUUAUAUCUAUAUAUAUCUAUGUAUAUGGAUAUAUAUAUAUAUAUAUAUAGAUUAUAUAGUUAUUAUACUGAUGACCGACUGUUUUGACCUCUAUUGACCUUUUCUACCCAACCUGUCUCCAUGGUUACUAUUACAAUGUGAACUUUGACCCUCUGCAGCAUGUGAUAUAUAACUAGCAUUGUGUAUCAGCAGAGAAUCGCUUCUAGAUAAGGCAACUAAUAACUGCAUUUAUGUUUAUAAAAUUUGUGCUCAUUCGGAAGGUCAGUAGUCAAGGUCAUACAGUAAUUUUGAAGGUCAUCAUGUUUGUUUACAAAACACAAAUUUGCGUACCAGCUUUAUUAGGUCACUGUAAGAUGUUGUAUGGCGUGAAAGUUCGUGAUAUGUUGUUUGACAAAUUAUGUGCUCAUCAACCAUAUGGUAAAUGGUUAAGUAUAGAUGUGAUUUGCAUAACGUUGGUUGCUGAUAAUGAAUAUCAAUAUAAAUGCUACUUGUAUACAAUGAAUGAAAAAAGAUAUAUUUUUGUUGAAAUAAAUGUAAAAUUUCAUUAAAAUUUAUCAAAGUGAAAGUAUUUUUGACCAGGGCAGAAAAACAUCUUGCUUCAGUUAAGUGAAUAUAUAGAUGUAUCCAAAGUACUGCUUCUUGUCAGGAGAAUUUGGAGUAAGUUUUCUUUCACAUUCUUUUCAUUCGGAAUGAAAAUCAGUAUAAAAUGUUCCGUGAAAAAUAUCAUUUUUUCCAAAGCCGAAACUGCCAAUUCAUACAUUUUCUGUAAUCAUGAAUAUUCAAGAUUCAUCAUUUGGGGCCAGUAGUCGAGGAGCUACAUUUUUUUUUUUUUUAAUUCAUUAAAAUAUUUUCAUUCAGUUUAAUAAAAAAUUGACAACUAGCUCUUGUUGUGUAUGCUUGUUGUGAAGGUCACACAUAUUUGAAGCGAUCCAAUCUUCCCCAUUUUCUUACUUAUAUAUCCAUUCCAUUGGCCGAGACUGGGCGGGCUGGGGUCGGCUUUUCGCUGAGACUGGGCGGGUGUUGGAUAUAGUGGAGUAAAGGCUAUUAUUUUAUAGUUCCAUUACUGGUGUAUUAUAUAAUUUUGGAGCUUUAUCCAUUGAAGGCUUGAAGAAGUAGCACAAUACAUUAAAAUCAGCUUUGUCCCAUUAAUUAUAGCCUCAUCUGGCCAUUUAAUGGAUAUCGCCAUUUAUUACUAUUACAUUAUUAUUACCUAUAAUUCACUUUGGUUUUUUGAUAAACCUUGUUGUAGUUCAUAUAAUAUCACAUUUGUUGAAAAUUUCUUUGUUCAAAUUUCAAAUUUACAUUUAUUAAAAUUAUUAUUAUUAUUCAUCAGAUUUUUGUAUGAUAACAGAUGAUUAUAUGUGAAGAAAUAGAUAUCAAUGUUCAUUGGAUGUUGACAAGCCUCAUGUAUAUAUAAUACAUAUAUAUAUGUGUGUGUGUAACGGAUUAUUUUUUUAUGAAAUGCCAGGUAUAUGGUGUGAGGUUAUAACCUCACAUUGGAGCGUGUUACAACUAGACGUAGAGAUGUCCUACUAUUCUUAAUAAAACAUCCAUUGCUCUAUAAA